UGAAGCAAGAUGAAUUCCUCUUUGUUUCCCUUCUGGGCGAAUUCUGGCUCUGCUUUGUGCCAGGAACUUGUGAAUGUGUGCCCAAUAGUGGGAAUGUCCUGGAAGAAAGUGAAAGGUGGAUAGAAUACGCUGUCCGGAGCCCCGUUCUUUGCCUUGUCCCAAUGAAGUCCCCAGGACAAUAGGAGCCAAGCCACCAGGGAAGGAUCCAGGCCGCAUUCCUGUGGCUUCUGUUGUUUGGUGAAGUUUGUUGUGUUUCCUGGCAUCCUUCAGAGAAGGGCUGGGAUUUUGGCCACAGAGCAGCCCCAUUCUCCCCUUCCUCGCUCGCCUCUCCUCCGGCCGGCUGCAGCUAAGAGAAGAGCUGACCAGUCCACCAAAUCCGAGGCCAAUACAAGAGGUGUCAAAGAUGAAGUCCAACCAGGAGAAAGUCACCUUGAAUAUCGGAGGCGUCCGCUUCCAGACCUAUCUCUCCACGCUCCAGGCCUUUCCGGGCACCAAACUCUGCCGCUUGACGGAGCCGCAGGCCUUCUCCUCUUUGGACUACGACUCCAACCGAAAGGAGUUCUUCUUUGACCGAAACGCCAACCUCUUCGAGGAGGUGCUGAACUAUUACCGCACAAAACACCUCCAUUGCCCUGGAGACGUCUGCGAGUCUGUCUGGGAGGAGGAGAUGGCCUUUUGGGGGAUCCAAGGGGCCGCCUUCGCUCCUUGUUGUGGGCAAGCCCUAAAGAAGGCAGACGAGCCCACAGUUUUGGACGAAGAGGAGGAGGAGGAUGUGCAGGGCCUCUUGGAGCAAGCCCAAGGGAAUAGGAACAGCUGCAGGGCCCGCUGGCAGCCCAAAAUCUGGGCUCUCUUUGAAAAACCCCGGUCCAGCUUCAGCGCUAAGUGCUUGGCUGCCGCUUUCCUGUUCUUCAACAUCAGCAUCUGCAUCCUGUCCUUGUUGAUCUCCUCUAACAUGGGUAGGAUCUAUCAGCAUCAAAAAACCAAUGAUUCCCCCAAACAGAUACUUCGUGCUCUCUUCUACCUGGAGCUUUCUUGUGUCCUCUGGUUCACGCUUGAGUUCAUCAUACGAGCCACGUUCUGUCCAAACAAGAAGAAAUUCCUGAUGAACCCUCUUAACAUUGCUGAUUUCCUCUCCUUGUUUCCUGCCUACAUUGAGGUUAUCUCUCGAGUCACAAGCAGCCGUUCCUUGUACUGGAGUAGCUUCUUCCGCGUCCUCUACUUCUCCAAACUUUUGAAGAUGCUGAAGCUCCUGGAGGCCCCAGUGAUGUUCAGGGUCCUGUCCUACACUUCCAGGAGCCUCUUGAGAGAGACCCUCAUCCUCCUGAUGGUCUUUGUCUUGGAAAUUAUUUUCUUCGGGAUCCUCGUUUUUUAUGCAGAGUUUAUACAGGAGGAUCCUGAGAGUUUCUUUGGCAACCUUUUCAGUUCCUUCUGGUGGGCGGCCAUCACCUUGACCACUGUGGGCUACGGAGAUAUUUACCCUUACUCGACAUGCAGCCGAAUAAUUGGGAUUUGCGUGGCUCUCAGCGGCAUCCUCACCAUUGCCGUCCCCACCGCCCUCUUUUACAUCAAGUUCAAGGGUUGUUACGAUGCUGCGGUUGUCAAGGAGAAGGUGAAACAGAUGAAGAAAACACCACCAGCAUUGAGGUCCUCCAGGAAAGUUCCAGCCAUUGGUCGGGAAGAGGCAACAAUCUCCCAAAGAUCUCACAUACACCAUUCUGGAAACUGACUCCAAAUUGGUAUCACCAUGUCAACUCAUGCUUCCAAGCAUCUUCUUUUGCAGAACAAUACUCCAGGACAUGUGCAAGGCCAAAGAAGUUGAUGUUCUCCAGGUGAUUCUUCUAGAAGCCUGUGAUAUCCAGCACUUCAAUGUCUAUCAACCCUGAGCUUUACUCAUUGCAUUCUGAACUGUAUCAGCGUCAACCACAGAUAUAAGAUAUUUGAGAUGGUCCUAAUAAAGACAUUGGCUCGCUAUGGGUUAUGGGUUCUUCCAGUGGAUCAACACAACUUCCUAGGCUUUGUAUAACAAAGGGGCUCCAAAAUAACCAUGAAACAAAAUUUAUAAUUAUAUACCCACAGCUAGGAAGUUACCAUAUUUACUCGAAUCUAAUUCACACCUUUUCUGGCUAAAUUACAUAGCCAGAAUUGAGGUGCAUAUUAGAUUCGAUGCUGCACUAUACUCAAGUAAUUACGCUAAUAAUUCCAGUGUUCUGUUAAAGUAGUUCUAAGUGUGAACUUAUGGAAUUGCCUCCUAGUAGCAGUCUGUUCAUCUGGUCAACCAAACAUCUGUUAUUUUUGAUAUAAUAAUAGCAAUAUUAUGCCAUAUUUACUCAAGUCUAAUGCACACCUUGUUUGGCUAAAUUAUAUAGCCAAAACUGAGGUGUGCUUUAGAUUUGAUGGUGCAUUAUACUCAAGUAAAUACAGUACUAUGGACCAUGAAUCCUAGGAUCAAUUGCAAAGCUGCCUGGGAGAUUCUGGUGUUUUGGAAGCUCUGGUUUUCAUAUUCGUAGUGGGCCAUUUAACCCAACUCCAGCGAAAGUUGAAGACUGACUAUAUAAUAUGUCAUAUUUUGCUUUCAUGCAGUACUUUAUUCCAAAAUGAAUUACCGUAUACCUGUACUUCUGGGUCGCACUUUUUCAAAUAAACUUUCUCACCCCUUGCAAA